CAGGAAUGCAGCAGGUAAAUACCUGAGCUGGGCGGAGCUAUAUUCCUCUGACAGAAACAACUCCCCAACCUUUGAGCCUGGCAGACAAGUGGAGAAGAGACAGAAGCCACACACAUUCAGAGCAGAAUGGCCACAGAAUUAUCUCAGGACACGUUGUUAUAUUUCCUCCAGAGCAGCGGGGGCACGGUGAAAAACUCGGAUCUGCUUCUGCACUUCAGGCAUUUCAUUAGGGACCAUGCUGACCAGAACCGCAACCGGGAACAAUUCAAAAAGUUUGUCAACUCCUUGGCCACCGUUAAACAGAUUGAUGGCGUCUCUUACGUCGUUCUCAGAAAGAAAUUCAAAGGUGGAGGCGGUGAAGAGAUCUCUUCCGAGCCGCCGCGACUUUCCGCCCGAAAGAACAGCGAACCUUCCCCGGAGAACGCCAAACUGAGUCCGGCUUGGAGCACAGAUAAGCCUCGGCAGAAACUGAGGGAGGUGACAACACCCGCCCCGCCGGGAGCAAUCGCUGGCAAAACAAUUCUACCCGCGGCUGGUAUCAUGCUCAACAACAACAACAGCAACAUGGAAACACAUUUAAAACUAAAUCAGAAACAGCAGCAGGUAAUCAGCACACUUGGACUUUGUGAAAAACCAGCAGCAGCUCAGGUGGUGAGUCAGAGCUCAGUCAGUCUGUCUGAGCCUUUUGCCCCAGAUCAGUGUACCAAAGCGCAGAACAGGGUGGGUUUUGGGCUGCCUCCUGGAAUUACACCUGCACUCAAACACCAUGGAGAAACCAGCCAGCGGCUCCCAGUCCCUGAAACCCUUAGAGGAAGGGAGGCCUGUCUGCAGCCUGUGGGAGGUCUUCAUCAGGAACCUCCUCUUCAUGCCAUCAGUCUUCAGCUGCAGGCUGCUCCACGCUACAUCAGAAACAGGCAGAGCUACAAAUCUGCUGUGUCUGUUGAUGAAGAUGAGGAGGAAGAGGAGGCGUUCCAAAUAAGGCAAUGUUCAGCUGGAGUAGAGCAGCCCCUGAGCACUCCUCUCAGAGACAUGGGGAGGGCCAUCUCUGCCUCCUCGCCGUGUAUCUUAGACCCACCUGUUUCUCCCUCUGUCGUGUCCUCCUCUUCAUCCUCAUCAUCAGAAAGGAAUCUCCCUAAGAUUUAUGUUCAGGACAUGGAAAGGGAAACGAUGACCCCUCGUGUCCCAGGCUGGAGCUUGGAUUCAGGGGUAGGGCAGAAAGGACCAUGGGCAGGGUCAAGACUGGAACCUGGGUCUGUUUCAGGGGCGUCCACCAGACAAAGCCUGCCUUUAGAGGCAGAGCACAUCAUAGCGUCCCCUGACCGAGUUACAGAGGUGGGGCCUAAUCAUGAUGCCCACGCAGACCACCGAUACUCGCAGCCUGCAAGUGUCCAGCUGGACCCCAGGCAGGGGCUGGAUCAAAGCCAAGGUGAGUGGCCGUCAUCUAGCCACAGUACCGUCUUCUCCCCCUCAUCUGACGCAGGCCCCUCCAGCAACGACCAUCUCUCCCCCGGAGGAUUUGGAUGGAACAGCAGCUAUGAAGAUCUACAUACCAGAGCAGUAUCUACGACCGAGAAGAGGCAGAGUCGAGCGCGGGCUCCACGUCUUCGCCGCCGCUGGGGUUGCAGUCGCCCGUCGCCAGGCGGCUCAGCAGCCACUCGAGGAGCAGAAUGUGCCGCAGUCUGGGAGCUGAUCUCGACCAGCUCCUCCAGGAGGAGUCAAGAGCAGCAGGAGGAAGUGAGGCGGCCCGGCUGAACCGCCUCCACCUAAUCUCCUCCUCGCUUAGCCUACGCUACAACGUGUCGUCUUCCUCGCUGUCAUCCUGUUCAACACCGCCUCGCUGCCAAAGCCUCGCUGAGCUGGAUGAGGGGGUGAAGGGGAGAAGAGGAGGAGGAAGGAGGAGCUCUCCCAUCACCACCUCCUCCACUGCUCGUCAUGAAGGGCCCAGUAGACAGUCAAUGGUUCCUCUGGAACCCAGGGAGCACGACUGGCUGGUAAAGGGGGCGUCGGGUGCCUGGCCCGACAUCUACACCCUGUUCAGGGAGGACUCGUCACUUCUUAACAGACAAGACUUCAUCUCCGGCUUCACUAUGCUGCACUGGAUUGCAAAACACGGUGACCACAGAGUCCUCAACACCUUAUGGUAUGGAGUUGAGAAAGCUGGUUUGACCUUCAACAUUAAUGCCAAGUCAACAUGUGGCCACACGCCUCUCCAUAUUGCUGCCAUCCAUGACAACCAGAACAUAAUGCGGUUGCUGGUUAACAAGUUCAACGCAGAUGUGAAGCUGAGGGACACAUCGGGAAAGAAGGCCUGGCAGUACCUGAGCAGCACGGCGCAGCCGGAUGUCUUUCAGCUGCUGGGAGCUCCAUUACGACCAGCUGGGGAAGGAGAUGGAGGAGUUGUGAGAGAAAACCAGGAACAGCGUUCGCAGACCCCCCGCCGUCGGCGGCAUCACCUCUCCUUUGCUUCCUCGGGAGAGAGGCCGCUGACCAUGUCAGGCACCACAAGGGUCAAAAGGUCCACAUCGAUUGCUGCAUUCCUCAAACACAGAUCACUGCUGCCGUUUCACGGACAUCAAUCUGACUCCUCCGUUUAAAAACUCAACUAAUGGAUUAAGUCGGAUUUCGUUUAGAGAGUUCUUGGUUUACCGACCGCUCAACUGAACAACAGCUGGUUUCAUGAACACAAACAAGGUUUCCACUUAGGCCUAUCCACAGCAUGGCCCAUGCCCCUCAGAGGCAUAUAUUGAUUGUAUACAUGUGCUGACAUGUUACCACGGUUACCAAAUGAUUUGGCUUAAUAUAAACAACACUUCUAAAGAGUCUGGUAUUUUUAGUUAAUGAGUUUGACAGUUUUCACACCACCAUAUGGGCCAGGGUUCGAUUGAACUAAACUAAACAGGUUAGGUGUGAACACAUCUUAGUGCUGUACCACUUCUCACAGGCAUUAAAAAAUAAUUUGUAACCUUGUCGUUAUCAACUGUAAUAUCCCUACACAUAAAAUAUAGCUUAACAAUGACAUAAUUUUGUCGCAAACUAAAAACUAAAAAAAAACUAACUCACUAUACUGACCUUACAUGGCUAAUAUUUAGCUAAGGCUAACUCCUCUAACUUAGCCAUUAGCAUAACAUCAGCCUUCAAGGAGGCGUUAUUAUGGAACCCACGCCCUUCAAUAGCAUUCACACACUACUAUUGGCCAAGCAAAAUGUUCAGGUCCUGAACUGGAGCGAACUACCAUUUGCGCCGUCAGCUCGCCAGCUACAGUAGCUCACCAGCUAGCCCCUCCAGUAGCCACCGUGUCACCGAGCUUCUACAGCACCUUUUGCUUAUGCUAGGCUCUGACCACAGCACUUAGUUUGUCAGUGGAUAGUGGUAUGUGAUAGUGGAACGUGAAUGGCAUGCUGUUUCUUAGUGACGUAUAGCAGUAGAUCAGCACCAGCACACCAACAGUGAACCAGCAUAUACUACGUAAACCGUAACAUAUCAUUAGCCACUUUGCAAUCUUGCUGCCAAAUGACAAUUGGGACAGGAUCACUGCAGGUCUGCCACUGCAGCUUCUCUUAACAGCUACAUUUACUUCUCUGUGGAUUUGCAAGUCUCCAGAUUUUCAAGGUCAUUCACAACCGGAAGAGGAUGGAGAAUUAUUUUUCUGAGUUGUGAGUUUAAAGUCAGAGUUCUACAAAGAAAAUCACUUUUACCCAGAAUUUUCUUAGAAUAAAUUAACUAAUUUCUGAUUUGGAAUAAUCUCAGAAUUCUGAGUUUCAAAUCAGAUAUCUGACUUUAAUUUCAGAACUCAAAUACAUUUUUAAACCCAGGAUUACAUUUCAGGAGAAACAGUCAUUAGUUUAAAGAGAGCAAGUUUCUCACAGUUGACACUGAUUUUAUGACAGUUAUAUGAACCUUUUUGUUCUUGGUACUUUGUCAGCCUUAGUUUGGAUACGUUGCUUGUUCUUGCUGUGGAUUAACAGAGCCUACACACUGUCCAAAGCCUUAUUUAAAAAGGGAUUCCCUCCUUUAGUCCAAAGCCUUGAACUCGGUCCAAAUAUCUGCAACAACAGGGAGCCCAAGUUUCUGCCCCUGAGCAUCCAGUUUCAUUGGAUAUUAAUGCCAAAGAAAAGAUUAUUUGACAAAGACACAAAGAUGCGUGAUAUCUUAAAGCAAGAUGUAACUUGCAAGCACUUGCAGAGUGGGUUGGUUUUCAGUGGGAUUAUCUGAUGUCGGAUGAGAGGACAAAAAAACAGAAGGUUGACGUUUUAGUCUCACAGAAGACAUUUUCAGAAUUCAAAGACAGUCUGCAACAGAGAUGAUACUGCAACUUUUUAACACUUGUCACCCACAUCUGAUCUCUGUUGACGUGUACUUUACGGUUUCCAAAAUGCACUCAGUUUGUUUCUAUAAACUUGCACUGAAAUUAAAUUUAGGGUGGUAGUGGACAAAACAUCAAAAACAUGUACAUUGAAAUAAUAUUACACUGCGAUAGGCACUACUUUGUGAAGCUUCACUUUUGCUGGCACUGAAUCCGAGGUGUUUUAAAUUGGUGGGGGGAUUUGAAGGUAAGUCUGGUUUACUACAACUUGGGUCUUAUUUUGGUGUAUUUGUCUGUCAUUUCUGUCAGUAAUAACAUACACCAGCUGAGAUCUAGGAAGGCAGUGACAUCACUAAAGCCUGACAGGUCGAGAAACACGAGCAGUGAGAUAGUUAGGCUGUAAACAAGCCCCCAUACAAGUUUCAAAAAUGAUAAUCCGCAUGUAACCCUUGUAUUACAAUGUGAUAGCACUCUGUUUUUUGUACAUGCUAAACAAAUGAGAUAUAAUAUGUUAAUAGAGCUUUGAAUGUACUGGCAGGUGGAUUUUGUAACUGUUGGACAAAGCCAGGAUUGCUUUAUUAAUUAGCUUGUGCUAAGCUAAUUGUAUUAUAUUCAUUGUACAGACAGUCGUGUCAAUCUCCUCAUCUAACUAAAAUGUCAAGCUAU